GUGCAGACGGAGCUGGGCCUCCACCCCAUCAGGAAGAAACUAGAGGAUGUUUUCAAAGGAAAACGAUUCUGCAUCGACCGCAGGCGGCGCAGGGAUAUCAGCAUCUCUUGGAAGGACAUCCUCAAGUUCACGGCGACGGGCCCCGAUGAGCCGCCCACCAUCGAAUGGGCCAUGCACAAUAUGCAGGCCGCCAACCUCGACAGGUCCGAGGCAGAGGACAUGGUCCACUUCUUCCACAAACCGACGGAGCUCUUUACCUCGUUUUGUCCUUCGGCCAGCGCGGGCGGCGCCCUCGCGCCGGUUCCGAAGCCUCCUCAGGGGCGCUGCUCCAUGGGCGACGUGGAGUUG